AUGCGGCCGCCGGAGCAGUCACCGCUCCAACAGGCCGCGCUGCCGGAGCAGCCAAUCCUCGACGAGCUCCUCGAGGAGAUCUUCCUCCGGCUCCCCACGGCCGCAGACCUCGCCCGCGCCUCCAUGGCCUGCGUCUCCUUCCGCCGCGUGGUCGCCGGCCACGCCUUCCGCCGCCGUUUCCGUGCUCUCCACCCGCCGCCCCUCCUAGGUAUCCUCGACCUCCCGUUCAUACCUGCCCAGCCGCCCCACCCCUCCGCUGCCGCCGCCUGCGCCUACGCCGACGCCGGGGCCGACUUCUGGUGCUCCUUCCUCCCAUCCCGCGAGCGGUGGGGUAUAACCGACGUUCAUGACGGCCGCGUCCUCCUCGCUGGCGUCCCCGCCGGAAGCAUCUACCCUUGGGGCGGCAGCAAAUUGCUAAGAGACUUCGCCGUCUGCGACCCAUUGUUCCGUGUCUACCUUGUGCUGCCUGUCAUCCCUGACGACCUAACUGCAUUAGUCCAUGAGCCAGAUAUCACGGAUGUGGAUUACUUCCUUGCGCCUCCUGCCGAGGAUGAGGAUGACUGUGUAUCCUUCAGAGUGAUGUGCUUGGCGCGAUGCAAAACCAAGCUGGUUCUCUUCGUCUUCUCUCGAGGUGCCGGACAAUGGCGUACUGUUGCAUUUGAUUCCGGAUCUGAGAUAUAUUGGGCCUCAAGGCGCUACUAUUGCCGUCGAUCUUUUUGUCGGGCAUUUUUCCCGGGGAACAAAUUGCUCAUGCUCGACACAGACAGGAUGGAGUUCUCUGUUGUCAACCUACCCAUUGAGCCCUGGCCCGAAGAGUAUGAGAUGACCUUUGGGGAGGGAGCUAAAGGAAGACUUGGGAUAUUUACUAUCUUCGACGAUUUUGAUGAGAAACAAGGUGGUGUAUCUUUCACCUUUGGUAUGGCAUACUGCGAAAUGAUGGGGACCGCGCAAACUCGUGGCAAGCAAAGGCGAUGA